GAAGAACAUCUUAACUUUCAAUUAAUUUUCACGAGGUGCAAUCUAUUAGAAUAGACAUGUAUGUGGGAUGUAAAACAAAUAUUUCUAUAUGGGCUUACUUCAAUCUAAGAAACAAUGGCGUUCGUAAGAAACUUGACAAUUCAAAUAAACGGGAGUAAAACGUUGAAUGAAACAGCGAGCAACGACACACUUCAACCUCAGUUCCUCAAAUGGAUAUCCUUGAUUAUUCUUCUUGGAAUAAUAUUUUUUAACCUUUUGUUGGUGGUGCUAUUGAUUUCAAGAAAUCCUAAAUCAAGAAUGCGAUUUUUCGUAACUAACCUAGCUAUUGCAGAUUUUUGUGUAGGAAUAUUGUUUGUACUACCUGAAACAUUAUUUAAUUGGUUUAAUGUGCCAUGGAAUCCUUAUGUGUGUUAUAUCUACUACGUUUAUUUUUCAAUGGUCCCUUUCUAUGUUUCAACGUAUGCAAUUGUUGUGUUAUCAAUUGACCGUGCAUAUGUUAUUGUAAGACCAUUAGCCGCUGCAUCUAAAGGCAAAAAAUACCGCUAUGGACUGGCAUUGUCCGCGUGGGUUAUUGGAUGUAUUCUUGCUAUUCCGUACGGAGUCUUUGGUAAAUAUGAUGAAGAGGACGCUUACUGCUUACACGAAUCACCAACAUUAGUACUGCUAUACUCAGAUCUAUCCACUAUUAUCAUAAUACCGAUCAUAGUCAUAACAGUAUGCUACAUUGUUAUAAUUAUAACAAUACGUGGUCGUGAAAGAAAUGGAUUCUUACAGGGUAAAAAUAAUGAAUCAGAUAAUGGUUGUGAUACAUAUGUACGAAAUAGAAGCAUUUCAAAGGCAAAGAUCAGAACCAUCAAACUACUAUGCAUUGUUGUAUGUGCGUACAUUAUUUGCUGGGCCCCAAUUACAAUCGCAGCCAUUUUAACACACCAUGGAAUUGCAGAAUAUGGGCUUUGGUUUAUGGUACUGUACAUUCUUGCCCCAGUAAACAGCCUUGGUAAUCCUUUAGUGUUUCUAAUUUUCAACCAGAAGAUGUUUCGUUCUAAGAAGAAAAAGACGAACAAAAAAGUAUUUAGUGGAACUACUUUUAAAUCAGAAACAGAAACGUUAGCAUUAUGUAGCUAGAUGUAUUCAUCAAUUAACAUAAUUUCAGUAUAUAUGUAUAUGAUCUGAUGGCGCAGUUCAUUAGUUUUUUGCAAAGUAUAAUUGAACGAUACGGUGUAGUUUUUAAACAUUAUAAGGUGAAAAAACUCACCAUAGAUGCCACGUUUAACAGUUUGUACGCCGGCCGCGUGUUUCGUCAACAAAAGACUUACCAGUUUAGCUCAAAUAAAAAACAAAAAACCAAAAAAUAAAAAAAUUACAAAAGUAACCCCCCCCCCCCAAAAAAAAAAGAAGUUGAUGAGCAUUUCGGACUCAAAACUACUGCAAAAUACAGCUACAGUAAAUGAUAAAAAAUGUUGAUUAUGUUUAUUUCCACACGAAUAUUGAAAAAUACCUGUUAUUGAAUACUUACGCGAAUUAAUAUCAAAAAUCAUUUAUUAAAACAAACUGACAAAACAAUUUUCCACCUAUGUCGUGCUUCAUUUCAUUCUUUUUUGUUUCAUACACGUGAUUCAUGUGCAAUAAAUCGAAAGUAUUUAACAGAUCCAGCAUUUUGAAUUUCACUCGCAACCAUUAUUUCCUAAUCUACAGGAAACACUAUCAAUAUAACGCGAACGAAACGCUUUUCUUGACAAACCUAAAUCAGGAAAGCUCAAAACCAAACAUUUUAAAACCGGAUGGAUAAAUACCUAACCAUGCUAAUGCAGAGAUAACGAGACAUAAAAGUAAUAGCCAUAUCCGUCUAAAAUCAAUUUUGCCUGAUGGAGUAAACAACCCAUAUUACACAUUAGUACAUAUCCAUGAUCCUACGGUUUAACAUUAACCGUUAUAUAACGUGUUAGUCAGUGUCACUCAAAAGUACUUUGUAACUGGUAACAGAAACUUACAUCGAACUCUGUAAUCAAAGAAGUCACAUGGAAUUCAACAAUCGUUCCGUUCUAUAUGUCCUUUUAACUAUAUGGAUACAGAGAGGUUGUUGAUACAAAAGGGGCUAUUAAACUUUUCAGUAGAAGACAAACCAGAGAAAAAAAUAAACAAAAAAAAACAAAACAAAAAAAAAACGAUGAAACGAAAUACAUGUACGAAAGUCCACAACACGUAACAUAGCAAUUCAAAUAAUGCGCAACACGAACCCCACCGAAAACCGAUCUUAGGUGCUCCGGAAGUGUAAAUAGAUUAUAACAGCGGAUUAAUGUCCGUUUAACGUGAUACGGAUAACUUGAAAAAAGUUGUAAGAAGAAUUUAUGAUAAUGAGAAGGUAAGCUAUAUGAAAAUGGUUCCCAUCAGUACCUACACCAAAGUGUAUACACCGCCUACGAUAGUAUAGUGGAAUGAUGUUUUCUGUGUAUGCGUCUUUUUGUACGUUCCUUUGUCAUGUAUUAGGUAACAUUUAAGUUUAUGGUAGGCUAAAGCGUCAGUUUAAGAUGGGAUUAAGCUUUGGUUGAAGGUAAUGUAAAGUCUUCGUUUACAGUAGGUUAAACCUUGGGUAUAACAGUUUUGUGAUCACACCAAUUUCAUGUAAAUUCAAAUUUUUAUCCUAAUUUUAGAUAUUCACUUAUCGACUGUAAUGACAACUGCAUUAAUUUAAAGUAUGAAUUUCCAAUGGACGUUUUGUUGAAAAUAACUAAAUAAAUCAUUGAUUUUUUUAA